UCGCCUGUAUAGUUACAUCUUACAUCAUUGCGGACAAAGUCGAAAAAAGACAAAAUCCUUUGUUAGUUUGAAACACUUGACAGCAGUACACAGUUUCCCAAAAUAGGCCACACGCUCGACAAAAUACACAAACUUCUGAAAUGUUUCAAAUGGAGUAUCAGAAGCGGUUGCUUCAGCGAUACACCAACAACAUCGCGGGUAGGGAGGAGUUGGAUCUUCGCUGCAUCCCCAUGCGGGCGGGCAGUCAAUGGGAUCGAAACUAUUUUCUCUCCCAAGAUUUAAACUCAGCUCAGCCAGUGGUUCCAGCAGUGUCCAAUAGUUCUAGCGAGUUGCGCCACAACUCAGCCUAUGCCUGCUUGCUACGGAACGAGUUCCUAGACACGGAGGUGACCUCCAUCGAUCAGUGCAAGCAGAGCCCCAAGGUGCGUUCAGACACUGGCGAUUUUAGAGUGCGAGAGAGCACCCGUCUCUACAGGUUCAUCGAAAGGAAUUCGCCCACGUUGCCUGCCCUAAGGCCCCCUUUCGAAAAUGUUGGCGAAGCCAGCCAGCGAUUGCUUAGCAUUUCUAAGAGACCCGUUCGCAAGCUGUCGCGACUUCCGUACAAGAUACUUGACGCACCCGAGCUGCAGGAUGACUUUUACUUGAACCUUAUUGACUGGUCGUCGGAGAACAUGCUCGCGGUGGGCCUGGGCUACUCGGUUUACCUCUGGAAUGCUGUUAGUGGCCAAGUGACCCGCCUUUGCGACUUUAGUCACGAGGAUAACUUGGUGACGGCUGUCAGAUGGCACGGCGCCGGCCGUCAAGUGGCUAUUGGGACUCUCGGUGGCUAUGUGAGCAUCUGGGACGCGGAUCGUCAAAAGGAAUACACAAAACUGGAGGGUCACUCAGCGAGAGUUACAGCACUGGCGUGGUGUGGAAAUUUUCUGUCUAGCGGAUCUCGGGAUCGCACCAUCCUGCAGCGGGACGUUCGAUUACCGCCGUCGGACAUCGUGCGCUGCCUCCAUGGACAUAAGCACGAGGUGUGCGGCCUGCAAUGGUCACCCACUUGGCAGUAUUUGGCCAGUGGGGGCAACGACAAUCGCUUGUUGAUUUGGACGGCCCAGGGAUCCGAGCCCCUGUACUCUUUCAGCGACCAUAAGGCCGUGGUGAAGGCUCUGGCUUGGUCGCCUCACAAAACCGGCUUACUGGCCAGUGGCGGAGGAACUGCGGAUCGGUGUCUGCGCUUUUGGAACGUUCUCACCGGGCAGCUGGUGCAGAGCAUUGACACGGGCGCCCAGAUAAGCAACCUGGCUUGGGCCCAUAACUCAGCCGAGCUGGUCACCACUCACGGCUAUGCUCAGCCGCAAGUUAUCGUGUGGCGGUAUCCUUCCCUGAAGCAAGUAGUCAGACUCACAGGCCACACCCACCGGGUUGUUUACCUGGCGGUUAGCCCUGAUAACGAGUCGAUAGUCACCGGUGGGGCUGACGAGACUCUGCGUUUUUGGAGUGUUUUUACGAAACGACAGGCGCCCAAGAUGCCACACUCAGUGCUAAGCUUAAAUCGGAACAUCAGAUAGAGGAAAAAUAAAUUCUGGCAUAACCGUAA